AUGUAUCCACCUGCAUUAGAAGAAUUUUCAUUUAUUACGGAUAAUACAUAUGAAACAAAACAUAUUCUUGGUAUCGAACAAAUUAUUAUGAAAGACAAGGAGAACAAAAUAACAACGGAUUUCGGUAGUGGUGGUAAGUUUCUAUAUACUUCAAUUUUUAUUGAAAAUUCACCAACAGCUUCGGGAAAGCGUGAAAAUGUAACAAGAAAAAUGUAUACAAAUGAUAUGAUUGAAAUAGGUGCUGCUCGUCAUAAUGAAGAAAAAUUAUUAUCAUCAUCACCAAAAGCAUCACCAUUAAUUCAACAACAACAAUCAUCAUCUUCAGUUCAUCAUCAUCAUCACUACCAAAAGCAUCACCAUUAA